AUGUAUGAGAAAUGGUUUGAUACAGUAAUGUUUUACUAUGUGAUUUUUAGUGUAUUUAGUGAAUGUCACCUUUUGUCAUUUUAAAAUUUCCCGCCGUUCCGUCCCCAUACGUCCCAACGCUCGCAGGGGACGGAAUCCAGAUGACAGAUGAUGGCAUUACAGGACAUUACAGGGGACACUGCUGCAGGAGGGACAUCGCAGGAGCGCAGGACAAUUUAAGUAUAGAACAGAUCCCGGAGCAGUGCCGCAUGGUAAGCCCGAGUGUAGCUCGGGGUUACCGCUUGUGCUACACUCGGGAAUACCUCCAGGGAGGU